AUGGUCGGUCCACCCGUCAGCAACCGCAAUCGCCUUUGUCACCAGCACGUCCCGCUGAUCACGGCUCCGGAGGAGGACGUAGUCCAGCAGCUGCUGCUGACGCGACCGAGGAUGCCUCCAGGUGGCCUUCUCUCGCUCCGGCAGACAGAAGAACGUGUUCGUCAGGAUGAGGCGGUGUUCUGCGCAGGUGCGGAGCAGCAGCAGACCAUUGUCGUUGGAGCCGCGGAGACCGUGGGGGCCCAGCACUCCUCUCCAGGCAUUAUGGUCUGUUCCGACGCGGGAGUUGAAGUCGCCGAGGACAAUCAACUUGUCCGCUUUCGGCACAGUCGCCAAGAGUGCGUGCAGGUCCUCGUAGAAUUUGUCUCUUGCGGCGACGUCGGGGCUGCUCAUCGGCGGAGCGUAGGCGCUGAUUAUGGUGGCGAAUUUGCCCCCACGCCUGCCGGAGAGGCAGGCGGAGGCUCAUCAGGCGAUCGUUGA